AUGGCGAGCCCGGGGCUGCGGCGGCGGCGCUGCGCUGUCCCUCUCCCGGGCUCGGCGCGCCCGCCCUCCUCCGCUUCCUCCUGCGCCGCCUUCUCCGGGCCUCGACCGCGCACCCCGCCCCGCGCCCCGACGCCCCGGGCAGCCUCAGCUCCGGCCCAUGGGCCGCUCCCCAGCCGCGCAUCCACCGGGGCCCGGAGACCGGGGCCGCCUGGCUGCGACCGCGCGCUGCCGCCGCCGCCGGGGUCCGCCGCUGCCGCCGCUGCUGCCACUGCUCCGUGGGGUCGGGUGGCUUCAUGCAAAUGUCCGGCUUUCUGCAAACAGGCCCCCGCCUUGCAAAGCCACCCGGCGGACACGCGCCGGAGCUCCGGCGGGCGCGAGCGGGCACUGACGGCGAGGCCAGCACCGGCCCUCGCACCAGUUGCGCCUCGGGCUCUGCAGUCGCCCGGAUGGGAGCUCGCCCUGCGCUCGCGCUCGGAACGGCCCCGUGUUCCCUCCCCUCUCCCCUCCCUCCCCGCUGCUCCGCCGCACGAAACGCAGUCGCCGCUCGGCGAGAGCUCCCCCUCCCUGUGGCUCCGCUCAGUUGCUUCUAGAAUGAAUCGCUCCUCCCAGGCGGGACGCUAA